CAGCUCCAAAAAAACUAAGAAUAAUUUAUUUUAUAUAGAUUCAUAAUGAAAAAGCAGAGAACAUAGCACUUAGAGCAGAGAACAUGAAAAUUAGAUGUGAGAAUGAAGCAAUGGAAGAGGCACUGGAGACUGUGCUUUGCCCUCCUUGUGGUGGCCCUCAUGGGAAAGAAGAACAAUUAUGCAAUCUCCAAAAACUUCGUACAAAGAAUGCCAUUCUCAAAAGAGAGUAUGAAAGACUUUCAAGCUACCUAAACAAGCAUGGUCACUCAAUACCUAGCGUCGAUGCCUUACCCUACCUCCAUGGUACAUCAACCUAUGGAUCGACCUCCAAAGGUCGUCCUACUUCAUAUGGAACCUCUUCUAACCAUCUUCCCGAACAAUCAAGCUUAAUAAGAAGACCAUGUACUCGUGAACUCAUCAACAUUACCCCACUGCCUAAGCCGCGAAAACCGGUACUACUGCAGCAUUUCCAACAGCUAUCUCAACUGGAGAAGAUGGGGAUGUAUGAACAAGCGGCAAAAGCGGUGGCAGAGGUUAUGAGUCUCAUUCAAAUGGAACAAUCAAUGUGGAUUAAGUCAACUAUUGAUGGUAGAACCAUCAUUGAUCCAGGGAACUAUAAGAGAUAUUUUACUAAGAAUAGCCAUCUUAAGAGCCCAAUUGCUCGUCCAUGUCAUCAUGAGUCUUCUAAGGAAGACGUGGUGGUUCAAAUGGAUGCAAGAAACUUGGUCGACAUGUUCUUAAAUACGGAGAAAUGGGCGAGGCUUUUUCCAACAAUUGUGAACGAAGCUAAAACGAUUCACGUGUUGGAUUCCAUGGACCAAUAUCCAAGAAGAACUUUCUCAAGAGUGAUAUAUGAGCAACUGCACAUACUGUCACCAUUGGUGCCACCUAGAGAGUUUAUAAUCCUAAGAAGUUGCCGACAAAUGGAAGAAGGUCUCUGGUUGAUAGCUGACGUUUCCUGUCAUCUCCCAAACGUUGAGUUUGAAUCUACGGCUCCGAUUUGCAUCAAACGUCCCUCCGGUGUUCUAAUCCAAGCCUUGCCCCAUGGUCGCUCUAAGGUAACGUGGAUAGAGCAUGUGGAAGUGACUGAUAAAGUGCAUCCACAUCAGCUUUAUAGAGAUCUCUUAUACGGCGGUUUUGGCUACGGAGCUCGACGUUGGACCGUUACUCUUGAGAGGAUGUGUGAGAGGCUGUCUCUCUACUCCAUGACUAACUUCCCUCCGACCGACUACGCCGGAGUUGUGAAAACAAUAGAAGGCAGAAGGAGCGUCAUGAAUUUGGGAGAAAGAAUGUUGAAGAACUUUGCAUGGAUAAUGAAAAUGUCUGACAAACUCGAUUUCUCGCAACAGUGUGAAGCCAACAAUAGUGGAGUUAGGAUUUCGGUGCGGAAAAACACAGAGGCCGGUCAACCAACUGGUCUCAUUGUCUGCGCCGGUUCAUCUUUAUCUCUCCCUCUUCCUCCUCUCCAAGUCUACGAUUUCCUUAGAAAUCUGGAGGUUCGUCACCAGUGGGACGUUCUCUGCCAUGGAAAUCCAGUGAAUGAGGCUGCUCGUUUUGUCACCGGAACUGACCAAAAGAACAACGUGACUUUUCUCCAGCCGUCAAGUGAAGGGGAUAAUAGUGAGUUGAUGAUACUACAAGAUGGCUUCAUAGAUGCAUUAGGAGGUAUGGUGGUAUACGCUCCAAUGGAUCUAAAAACAGCAUACUCCGCCAUUUCUGGCCAAGUCGAUCCUUCCACCAUUCCAAUUCUCCCUUCCGGUUUCAUCAUCUCCCGUGACAGCCGUCCUUCCGUAGGUGAGCUCAAUGGUGGCCGCAUGACACUCCUCACUGUGGCUUUUCAGAUCCUUGUCUCCGGUCCGAGUUACUCUACACAUCUCAACCUUGAAGAAUCUGCCACCACAGUCAAUACCUUGAUUAGCUCCACCGUUCAAAGGAUCAAAGCAAUGCUUAAUUGUGAAUGAUGGUCAGUGAGAGUUUGAUUAAGUUACCAGUUCCCAAAACUAAACUCUUUGGUGUUUUUUUUUCUUAAAAAUCUUGAAAUAAGUGAGAAGAGUAUUCUCCGUUUGAUUCUCUAAGGAGAGUCGUACUUUUUCAUGUUUUUCGUUGGUUUUAACUUAUUACAAUAAAUUUCUAAGGCAAGG